CAGUGGAAGUGCACAAUUGAUAUAAAUUAAGAACAAGUUUUCCUAUUAAUGCAUGCAUGAAUAUUAUCACCGUUAAUCACUCUCUCUUCUCCUUCUUCCUCUUCUGCUCAUCCUCCUCCUCCUCCAACAUGGCCAACGCAAUCUCAAAUCCUGCUUCUUUCAUUGGCGUCCACUCUCCAAUUGCCCAAAUAAGAAUCCCACGACUUUGCGUGGCUAAAGGCAUGCCAACUCCUAUUGCUCAAAGAGACAUCAUUCUUCAAGACCAGAUCCAGCUUGAAAACACUUGCAUCAGACAUGCAAAAGCUUUGAAGGAAGCUAGACUUGCGUUCAGCAAAGUAAGAAAAGAUCAUUCACAAAACUUAAUCAUGAUUGAUGCCCUCCAGCGCCUAGGCAUUGAUUAUCACUUCCAGGAAGAAACUCAAGAUGUUCUAGAGGGUCAGUAUAAUAAAAUAUUUGCUGCCCAUCAACAGCAUCACCUUUCUGACGCUGCUCUCCGCUUUCGGUUGCUACGGCAACAAGGUUACUAUGUGCCUGCUUCAGACGUGUUUAGCGAAUUAAAGAACAGGGAGGGAAAGUUCAAACAAGAAUUAGCAGCAGAUAUCAAGGGAUUGAUGGAAUUGUACGAAGCAUCUCAGUUAAGCAUACAAGAGGAGAAUAUUCUUGAUGAAGCUGGAGCUUUCAGUGCCCAUUUCCUCAACUGCUGGACGCCGCAUCUUUGUGAUCAUCAAACUAGAAUUGUUUCAAAUACAUUGAAGCAUCCCUUCCACAGAACUUUAGCAAGAUCCACGAUUAAAAACUUUCUACAUUUUUAUAAUUUCCAAGGCGAGAACGAAUAUAUUCAGACCUUUACGGAACUUGCCAAAUUGGACUUCAACAUGAUUCAAUCAAUUCACCGACAAGAAAUAAAUCAGGUUUCUAAUUGGUGGAAUAACCUGGGUUUGGCGUCAGAAUUAAAGUUUGCUAGAGACCAACCAGAGAAAUGGUGCAUGUGGCCCCUGGUAGGCGUUACAGAUCCAAGCUUAUCAUGGCAAAGAAUCGAGCUUGCAAAACCUGUUUCACUCGUCUACCUUAUUGAUGAUAUUUUCGAUCUCGGUGGGACGCCUGAUCAGCUCACCCUCUUCACUGAAGCAGUCAAUAGAUGGGAGAUUACUGCUACAGAGGACUUACCAUAUCAUAUGAAGAUAUGCUUCAGAGCUCUUUACGAUGUUACUAAUCAAAUCGCUUACAAAGUAUACAAAAAGCAUCAAUAUAAUCCAAUACAUUCUUUAAAAAAAGCGUGGGCAAGACUCUGCAACGCCUUCCUAGAAGAAGCAAAAUGGUUUGCUGCGGGGAAGUUGCCAAAGGCUGACGAGUACUUGAAUACUGCAAUUGUUACUUCAGGAGUACAUUUGGUGCUGGUCCAUACCUUCUUUCUCAUGGGUGAUGGUAUAACUGACCAAACUAUAAAUCUUCUGAAUAAUGACGACCCUGGAAUUAUAUCUUCUGUGGCAACCAUUCUUCGUCUCUGGGAUGAUCUUGGAAGUGCUCAGGAUGAGAAUCAAGAUGGGUAUGAUGGAUCCUAUAUUGAGUGCUACAUGAAAGACUUUCCAGGGACUUCAGUUCGAGACGCAAGAAAUCAUGUUAUUAGUAUGAUUUCAGAUACAUGGAAGAAACUGAACCAGCAUUGCCUCUCUCCGAACCCAUUUUCAGGGUCUUUCAUUAGGGCCACUCUGAAUGGUGCAAGAAUGGUUCCUUUGAUGUACGACUUCGACAGCAACCAUAACCUUCCAAUCCUUCAGCAAAACAUCAAGUCUCUGCUCUUUGAGAGCGUUGCAAUUUAGGUAUUUUCAGAACAUUAUUGCUGCGAUUCCUCCUGAUGCUGUAUGAUGUAUGUAAAAACUUCACUUAUUUCUGACAUCUUGUAGCUGAUUAAUUUAUGUGAACCAAAAAUAAUAAAUUAAUUAAAGCAUGAACAAAAUUGUUGAUUGUUAUA